CUUUACCAAUAGGGAAGAAUUGAACUAAAAGAAACUAUACUUUACGGAAGUUAUCUCGUGAUUUGUGAAAUCUACAAAUUCUCAAUAAUGUUGUGGCGGCGACACCAUUAAAAUGCAAAAAGAGACACUAUUUAAUAUUCUGUGAAUGUACGGAAGUGUAAAAUAAAUGGGUUACAAAUUGAGCUCUUCAAGAUGCCUCGGUGUUUGUUUGGGCUUAACAUUCAUUAUGGGUUGCUAUUUAGCCUCGUUACCAAUACAAAACGAGAGAGCGGCAUUACCUAAACCAAUAAAGCAUAUAAUUAGCUCGUUUUCGCCGGCAAAAAAACGCCUAGCUAUAAUCGUACCAUUCAGAGAUCGGUUCGACGAACUGUUGGAAUUCGUUCCGCACAUGUACAACUUCUUGAACAAGCAAAGAAUACCCUUCCACAUAUUUGUUGUGCAGCAGAAAGACAACAAUCGUUUCAACCGAGCGUCUCUCAUCAAUGUUGGAUUUCUACAUACAAGAAAUGACUAUGACUACAUUGCGAUGCAUGAUGUAGACUUGAUGCCGAUCAAUGACAACUUGAGUUACAAGUAUCCUGCCUCAGGACCUUACCAUAUCUCCUCACCGCAAACACAUCCUAAAUACCACUAUGACACUUUCAUCGGAGGGAUUUUGUUAAUCAACAAAGAGCAUUAUGAGCUUGUUGAUGGCAUGUCGAACAAUUACUGGGGCUGGGGGUUGGAAGAUGAUGAGUUUUAUGUGCGACUUAAAGAUGCGGGAUUGAAGGUAACAAGACCAACCAACAUCACAACUGGACCAGAUAAUACAUUCAAGCAUAUUCACGACAAGACGUACCGCAGGCGUGAUAUGCGCAAAUGCUACAAUCAACGCGAGGUGACGCGCCGCAGAGACCGUGUGACCGGCUUACACAAUGUCUUGUACAAGUUGUGGAGCACUCACAACGUUACUAUCGACCAGCUGGCCAUAACCGUACUCAAUGUGGAAUUAUUAUGCAAUAAGACUGCUACACCUUGGUGUCAGUGCCCAGAACCCAUGAAACCUAAGCCUAGUUUGAAGCAGACUUGAGUGCCUUUGUUAAAAGUAAAGAAAUGGUAAUGUGUAGUAUCUGGAGAUAUCCUAGAGGUUGUCAUAUGGCAAUUUCAGUAUAGUAAAAUUUAUACUGUUCAAAUUGACCAUUUGAUUUUAUAGCAGUUAAGUAUCUGUAUAUGGUGAUUUGGCCUGUAUUGUUCUGUAAGGCCGGGACUCCACCAAAGCAAAGAUGUGUGCAGUGUGCUAUGCAAGAAGAGAUGUUUUUCAGCUCAGGUGUGAGGAGUUGAGUGCUGAAGUGAGUUGCUGGCAGGUGAGAGGAGGGAGGGUGACACCCCUCACAUUUCUCGUCUCCACUGCGCGUCGCGUCGUCCGCGCACAGAUCACAUCUCCGCUUCCAUCGCGCCAUACAAAUAUUACACAUCUCCGCACAGCGAUCUCUACUAAAGCUGAGCGGAGAGGAGAUUCAAUAACACAGUUCUAUUGGUUGUUUAAAAAACAUCUCCACUCUGCUCGUCUCAUCUCCGCUUUGGAGAACUCCCGGCCUGAAUCAGGAGGGCCUGUAAAUUAUUUUAUUUCCAGGAUACCUCCGUCAUGAUAAUUUCCUAAAUAUUUACAGUGUUAUGACAUUCUACCUUUCAAUCCCACAGGCAACUGUUAAAUUGUUUCAUCUGUUCUCUUCUUAUCAUUUAAAUUUAUAAUAACAAAAAAAACUUACCUACCUGUGGUAAUAGGUUAUACUAUUUGUGACAUUGUUGCUCGACAGCCGAUGCUCAUUGGUUACCCACUACUGGGGUACAAACCUUCCCUAUGGCUUGAAUAUCAUCACAACGCAGGCUCAGUGUGCCUUGGUGGGUGCUUGCAGAUGCAGGACCAAAUCCUGCCUUUCGAAAGAAGAGCGACUCUAGAUAAUCCUUGGUUACCUAUCGUAUAAAUUACGAAAUUUGCUUAACUUUACUCCCGCAAACCGAACACGCUGAGCACUGCGCCAUCGAACUCCUCGUAAUUAGUUACGCUUUACCUUGAAUAUGAAUCAAGAUUAUUUUUAAAAUUUUGUAAUUUUAUUCAGUUUAUGCCAGGGAUGGGCAAACUACGAUCCGCGGGCCAUCACCGGCCCUUGAAUGGUGAAAUACGGCCAUCAAACAUAAAUAAAUGAAAGGUUAGUUACCUUCCUUUUCACCAAAAGGUAACAACUUUCGACAAGGACCACCAUGCUACCGAAACUUACCGAUUUACUUCGGAAAUCGUAAGUGGACCGCGAUAGAUUCUAAUAGUAAAUAUUGGCACGAUAAGGGAAAAUUUUGGCCAAUCCUGGAUUAUGCUCAAUAGCAUAAUCC